UAUUCACUGAUCCUACUUAUCUAAGCUCGGAACUGGACUCUCUAUCAAUGGCAGCCACUCAAAUGAGCCUGAAGCUUCUGGUUGAUGUGGGAGGCCAAAGAGUUUUGUUUGCGGAAGCUGUUAAGGACUUUGUUGAUUUCCUUUUCAACAUAAUGUCAUUGCCUGUUGGCACUAUUGUAAGACUCCUUAACAAGGAAGGCAUGGUGGGCUCCCUUGGAAACCUUUAUCAAAGCAUUGAAACCUUGAGUGAUGUUUACAUGCAACCAUUUCAGGACAAGGACGACCUGUUGAAGCCUAAACUUUUAACCUCUGGCGCAACAAACUUGCCUCAGUUGUUGCCUAAUAUUGAGUCGUCGAAAGAUUCAAAGCACAAAGGUUUUUACAGGUGUAACUGCUAUGGCUCUCUCUCUUAUAUUGCAGAGGAUCCGGGGCCUAUUUGUCCUAUUUGUCGUAGUACAAUGUACAACCAGGUAAAACUUGUUGAGACAGAGAAAAAAUUUUCGUCUUCAUCUUCAACUUCAUCAUCCGAUGCUGAGGGAGGUUUUGUGAAAGGAGUGGUUACAUAUACGGUCAUGGAUGAUCUUAUGGUGAAGCCAAUGUCAACUAUUUCCAGCAUAGCUUUGCUCAACAGGUUCAAUGUCAAAAACGUUGGUGCACUUGAAGAGAAAACGAUCAAAAUUGGCAUGGAUGAGGCUGUGAAAUUGCUCGAGGCAUCGUUGCAGUCGAAGACUGUGCUUACUGAUGUCUUCCUUGGGAAGAGGGCAAAUGUCUCACGUCCAUAGCUAGUAUUAGUACUUUGUAAGAGAUGCUAAAUGGUGUCUUUCAGUAUUCUAUUUUUCUAUGUUUAUGGUAUUGAGUAUUUAUCUUCACUUGGGAGGUAUGAUUUAGACAAAGGUUCUAGCCGUAAAACGCAUCUGGUGCGGUGGGAGCCUUCCUAUUCGUCUCCCAAAUGGAGUCUUGAAUUUGUAAAGUGAU